AUCUGAAGCUUCAGUGAGAAACUCUGCGCUGGGUCUUACAUUACUCGAGAGAAGAAAUUGAUCUGCUCUACACACAUGCACAAAAAAAGCCCAUUCAGAGGGGGAUCUCUGGUUCCUCUAAGGACCCCAAUGGCACCAAAACUGUGGAGUCCUUCAAUGCCUGGAAUGACUCAGAAGCAAGCACCUACACUCUGAUGGACCUGCCUCUUAGAGCCCCAACAAAGAUGACAGUGCAAGAUGUUCCUGGGGCCUUUCCUACAGUGGAUGUCCCAGACCAUGCCCAUUAUACAAUUGGAGUAGUCAUUCUUAUAGUGGGCAUCACAGGAGCUCUGGGUAAUUUCCUGAUCAUCUAUGCUUUCUGCAGGAGUAGGAGCCUUCGGACUCCAGCCAACAUAUUCAUCACCAAUCUAGCCAUUAGUGACUUCCUGAUGUCCAUUACACAGUCUCCAGUUUUUUUCACCAACAGCCUCCACAAACGCUGGAUUUUUGGUGAGAAAGGCUGUGAGCUGUAUGCCUUCUGCGGAGCUCUUUUUGGCAUUACAUCUAUGAUCACUUUGAUGGUGAUUGCCUUGGACAGAUAUUUUGUCAUCACAAAACCUCUGGCUGCUGUUGGAGUGACAUCUAAGAAGAAGGCUCUAAUAAUCCUGGUAGGAGUCUGGCUGUAUUCUUUGGCUUGGAGUCUCCCACCCUUCUUUGGAUGGAGUGCAUAUGUUCCAGAGGGUCUCCUGACUUCCUGUUCCUGGGACUACAUGACUUUCACACCAUCGGUCCGUGCCUACACAAUGCUGCUUUUCUGCUUUGUGUUUUUCAUUCCUUUGAUUGCUAUCAUAUACAGCUAUAUCUUUAUAUUUGAGGCUAUCAAGAAGGCCAACAGGUCUAUUCAGACAUUUGGAUGCAAACAUGGAAAUAAAGAGUUCCAGAAACAGUAUCAGAGGAUGAAAAAUGAGUGGAAGAUGGCCAAAAUUGCACUGAUUGUCAUCUUGCUUUAUGUCAUUUCGUGGUCACCAUACUCUGCUGUUGCUCUGGUAGCUUUUGCUGGGUAUGCCCACAUCCUAACACCCUUCAUGAACUCCAUACCAGCUGUGAUUGCCAAAGCUUCUGUCAUCCAUAACCCCAUCAUUUAUGCCAUCAUUCACCCCAAAUACAGAACAGCCAUUGCAGCAUAUGUUCCUUGCCUUGGACCCCUGCUGCGAGUUUCUCCUAAAGACUCACGGUCUUUCAGCAGUUAUCCCUCCUCCAGACGAGCAACUGUGACCAGCCAGUCUUCUGAGAUAAGUGGGCUGCAGAAAGGAAAAAGGAGACUCUCUUCUCUCUCUGACAUGGAAUCAGGCUGUAUUGACACAGAAAUGGAUACUCCCAAUAAGCUCUCCAGACUUGCUAGCAGACAGACCUGCUAUGAAACAGUUAAAGAGACAACUCAAAGUAGUGACCUAAGAGCCAAAUCUAAAUUCAAGAGUCAUGACUCUGGCAUUUGUGAGAAGAUAGGUGUAGAGGCUGAUGACAUACCCAUGGUGGAACUGAAUGUCACAAAGUACACUGCCAUACCUACUCAGCAAGCAUCUAAAAAAUGCAAUUUGGAAGAAAUCAAGAGUGGUGAAACUCUGAAUGGUAUUGGACAAAGAAAAGAAGAGUCUCAGCAUGGGCCAUCUACAGCCCAGAUACCCAGCAUUACAAUAACAUACAGCAAUGUCCAAGGAGCAGAUUUGCCCUCUCAAUACAACUCUGGUUUCCUGUACCCUAAGACCAACAGCCACAAGCAGCACAAGAACUUCAACAGCUGAGUGGUGCAAGCCAGAAUGUCACCUUAGACAAUACCUCUGGAACAACUAUGGACUAUCUGAAUACAGAAUAUUUUCCUACAUUGUUCUAAAAUGCUCCUAU